AUGAUGCACCUGCUGAGUCACACGGGCGGGGCCGCUUCACCUGUUUACUGGCCGAGUCCCGGACAAGGACGCAUCACUUCACUGAGCGGAGUUUUGUUGUAGUGGGACUGAUGUAGCGGGGGGACCCAGUGUCAUCUGGGUUCUAGACAAACCGUUUUUGUUCUUGAGACGCGGGACAGUCCGUUGUUGUGUCAACACGGCGACAUCAUGCGAGAUGUGCACCUGGACAACGAGACGUGCAGCAACGGGUCUGUGCUGAGGCUGUGGUGUGGCUCUGAGUCUGCGGUGUGUGUGGUCACCGAGGGUCUGACACCGUCGUCCACAUUCCUGAACAGCAGCACUAACACCACAGAUGUACAGACUAACACCACCUACAACCUGUGGCUGGGCCUGGCUCUGGCACUGCUGUCGUCCUUUAUGAUUGGUGGGAGCGUCAUUCUCAAGAAGAAAGCUCUGCUCCGAUUGGCCAGCACCGGACACACCAGAGCAGGUGAUGGAGGUCAUGGCUACCUGAAGGACUGGCUGUGGUGGGGAGGCCUGUUGACCAUGGGAGCAGGAGAGGCUUGUAACUUUGUUGCCUACAUGUUUGCUCCGGCCACACUGGUGACCCCACUGGGCGCCCUGAGCGUCCUCAUCAGUGCAGUUCUGUCCUCCUACCUGCUGGGGGAGGUUUUGAACGUCAUCGGGAAACUCGGCUGCGUUCUGUGUGUGCUGGGAAGCAUCCUGUUGGUUAUCCACGCCCCAGAGGAAAAGGAAGUGACAUCACUAAAGGACAUGACUAACAAGUUGCUGGAGCCAGGUUUCCUGGUGUACGCGGUGGCAGUGUUGGUGUUGUGUGCAGUUCUCAUACUGUACUUCUGCCCUCGUUGUGGUAGAUCCAACAUCCUCAUCUACAUCGGCAUCUGCUCACUGCUUGGCGCCUUCACCGUCUCCUCGGUGAAAGGUCUCGCCAUUGUCCUCAACACCGUGGUUUAUGAUGUUUCUGUGCUUGCUAAUCCUCUCACCUGGAUCCUGCUGGCAACCCUCAUCAUAUCGGUGAUAACACAGGUGAACUACCUGAACAAGUCUCUGGACACCUUCAACACGCUGCUCGUUUACCCCAUCUACUACGUCCUCUUCACCUCCGUGGUUCUGUCCACCUCCAUCAUCCUCUUCCAGGAGUGGAGGAGCAUGUCGGUCGUGGACGUGCUCACGACGCUGGGGUCCUUCCUGGUCAUCGUGGUGGGUGUGACCAUGCUGCACCUGUUCAGAGAAGUGCAGAUGACGAUGGCGCAGCUGACCAGUCAACUGUCUCAGCCGGUGGAAAGGGAGAGGUUUCCAGAGGAGACGUCAGCCAACGAACGAGCAGGAAGAGGAGAGAGCAACAAAAAAGAGGAUAAAUACGGACUGAUGGACAACAUAGUGAUUGACAGCCUUCCCCCCAUGAGAGAAGAGGGGCCGAGAGUCUUCAUCAUCAGCUGAAAGAGACGGAUGGAGGACAGAGACCCAGGUUUCUGUGUCCUACCUGGACUUUGUUGCUCUGACUGAUGCUGUAAGUCUUGUGCACUUUUUUUGUAAAGAGUCAGGCCUCUAGUUUGACGGCAUUUCAUGACUAAACUUCAUCAGCUUUAACACAAAAUAAAUCAGGUGAGCUUGAACAUACUGUGCAGCUCUAGGACAGAAGUCUUAAGGAAACAGUCAGCCCCACUGAAACUUAGCAACUUUGAUUGUUUAGAUAUCGAACGUCAGAUAUGGAAAAAAAGUACAUCUGCUAGUUCAGGCAGCUUCAGAAAUGGCUGUAAAGUGACCAAGAGACACAACAUUACCUCAGAGAGAUGCAAAACACCUUCAGAGACAUAAAAUGACUGCAGAGAAGACAAAUGCCCACAAAGAGAGAAAAUUCCAUUGUAAGAUGGCAGAUGCUAAAUUCAAUUACUCAUAAAUGUGGCCGCUGUUCUUUAACAUGCAUGAAUAGAUGUCUCUGCUGCACCUUCAGAUUGUCCUAGUUACUGUUUUCUUUUUCCCUGAAGGUGGAAAGAGAAGUGUUUUCUAAUCGGACAGGACAGCAUGAUUUCACUCACCCUCUCUGUAGCGCUAAUUUAAAUGUUCCAUAUUUUCUUUAUCUAGGACGUAACGGAUGAGGCUGGCGUUACUCAGUGUUGUUUUAUUGUCAGCACGUCUCCUGUUCAGACCAACAUCAACAGUGUCGACGGUGUGGGUCUCUAGUUUCACUUCCCAGCCCUGCCCUCUGCUUCAGUCAACAUAAGUCAGCACCUGUUUGGUCAUAGUCACAUCUGACAGUGUGACAUUUCACAAUAGCUGCAGAUGGGAAACCACCCAAAACCCUGUUUUGAUUGGGAUCAGAUCUGAAUAAGUAAUGAGCUGCAGUGUAACAGACACACAGGGUAGAGCGGUGGUGUAACUAGAGACCAGAGACUUUGUGGGUUCAAUGAAAUGUUGCAAAGUGUGGUUACAUUUUACUGGAGCUGCUGACGACGGUGCCGGUUGCCCAUAGGUCAGUGGUUUCCACAGUCUGAUGCUGUCCCCCACCAGACAAAGCUAACAGUCGCACCCCCAAACAGACACGUAGGACAGAGGACAUUUUUAUUUUAUCCCAUUUGUGUGUGUGGGGAGCCAACAGGAAUUUUUUUCAGAAUAUGUGCCACUGAGCAACUUUUACACAAAUGAACAUGGGCACCGUCUUGUAAUGUGGGAUCCAGUUGUCCUCAAAACAUCUAUGGCUACAGCUUCUCCAUGUAUUUGCUGACAUUUUUCCAAAUUGGCACUAUUAACACUGUGCUGAAUUAGGUAUUACCAGCUUGUUUGCAGUGUGUCCCUGGAUGUACAGGCGAAUAUCACUGCAUUAUUUGAUACUGGAGAAAACUUAAAAACAUGAGGAUUUUCAGCUAGGCUCUGCAGUUACUCUGUGAAGAGGGACUUUUUAUCAUAUUUGCAUGCUCUCAUUGUCAUAGUUAUGACUCUGAGAGAGUGUGAAAUGAAAGGGAGUACACCAAAAAACAUCUGACCUGUAUGAGAAGGAAGAUUUAAAGCCAGUCAAAAUUUCUUUGAGCCCAAGAUCAAGUCAGCAAAUGUCCUGUUUUGUCCCAAACCCAGUCUUUGGCGACAGGUGACAUUUCUUUUUCACUUUGUGCUGUGAAUUAAAUCAAUUUUGUUUUUUGGAUCAGUUUUUAUUUGCUGUUGUGGAGUCCCGGUAAUGAAUGACUGGGUUAACCUUAUCAAAUGUCGUUUAACCUUCCCCACUAAUCACCGACUUGAAUAGUAUAGUACUGAGCCAGCAGCUCAGGUUUACCGCCGUCAAAAUAGAGGCCUAACAGUCAAAUAGGUGAUUUUGCUUUUGUUUAAUUGGAAAAAAACCUUUCCAUCCUUGUUUUUAGCAGCCCCUGCUUGGCUGCCGUCUGCGGCGCCUGGAUGUAAGAACAGAAACGUCUGUUGAGCUUGUUGCAUUUGUGGUUAAACUGGUUCAGAUUUCCUCUCUGCUGAAACUGGAGUCUAUGAAGCAGCCAGACAACACAGAGUGUCUGAGUGACACAAACUGUUCAUUAUUCAGUGUUUUACUCUGACUUUCAGUUUUAUCAUCUCUAAGAGGACAUUUAUCUUACAGGAAGUGGAAGCAGAAAACACAGAUGCGAACAUAAUAAUAAUGAUAAUAAUAGAGGAAUUAAAAUGCUAAACCUCAACAGUCAACACCAGUUUAUGAUUGGAUGCCUUUCUUACCAGAAGGACACGUUUCCCUUCGCAGUCAAAUGUCACAGUUGACUUACAAAUUACCACUAAAUGUAUGGUGCAAAGAUUCAUUUAAGGUUGUGUCCCAGUGCUUAAACCUGGAGGCCCAACGGAAAACUCACCUUUUACUUUUAAUAUGUUUGCAAAACUAAUUCUAAAACUGUUUUUACAUUGUUGGUAAAGGUUAUUAAAUGUAGGUUGUUUGGGUAAAAAUAGCAAUGUUAUCCAUUCACAGCACAAUAAAGUGCAAAAAGUGACCAGGUGUGAAACUUUCUGAAGCAGCCACAUUUGUUGUUUUACAUCCCAGUUUGCAUCCUCUCAGCCCGAGGAGCUGUUUCUACACUGAAUGAUGACCAGUGUGCGACCGUAUGACGACACAGUGUGUGUCUGCUGCUGAAGACCUGGGUUUAAGCUCAGAGGAACAAACUGACCAAACUAAAUCGAGUGUGUUUGUGACUGGCUUAGUGUUCUGAGACCAAAACUGUUUGCAUUGUUGUUUUCAGGUUGUAGCUGGUUUGCUGUAGAUCACACAUACUUUUGCAUUCAUGCCAGUCAUUUUACAAAGCCAGCAGUGAUCUGAGUUUUCUUUACUAAAGCUUUGUUCAGUGUAGACAAAAGCAAAGGUCACUGUCUGUAACAAUGCGCCGGUUUUUAUUUAUUUAUUUAUUUUUUGUCCGUGUGUAGCAGGACUUCAGUUUCUGCAAACUGAUGUUUGCUAAACAGAAUUCAAACCAAAUUUUGCCUGAAUGAAACCAACACUGUGUUAUGGUCUGGGGAAUGUGCAGCAUGUAUUCUGUGUACAUGUGGUUUGAUCAAACUGCUCAAACAAUAUGAAAACUGUGCUUGUCUCUAAACACACACCAGCAAAGUUUAUGUUUACUGUUGGUUUUCAAACUCAUCUUUAUACAUUUUUAUUUUAAUAAAGAACUGUAACUGGGA